UCAAACACCUGCGAAAUAAAGACCGAAGCGGCAGGUUUGUGGUGUGCUCCAUUCUAAUAAGACCUGCAGAAGUUGCGAGAUUUUAACAAUUUUUUUUCUAACUUGGUUUUGAGGGAAAAUCAGUAAAAAUUAGAAAGAAUAUUUUAAUUUUUGUUUUUAAUUUUCUUACACGAAAAUUAGAUUUUUUUCGGUUGACUUGUGGCAGACCCUAGAAGAUUAAUCUAUCGGUUGGCCCUAAACUGAUACAAUAUACGCACUAGACUUCAGACUUUGCGUUAAGGAGUCGCAAUGAUUCUGAACCGAUUCUGCACUACCUGGAUCUCAGUUAUCGUUUUGGCAGCUGCUUAUGUCAGUACCGAAGACGAUCACCACAAAAGAGCACCUUCUGGCUUCACUGGAGUUAGAGGAAAAAAGUCGAUACCAGACGGAGCUUAUAGUUCUGAUGAACCCGAGCACGAGAAUUUGAUACAGCAAAAUUAUGAUUCCUAUGGACCGAACACUCAACCCCCUUCAUCGAUAAACUACCUGGAAAAAAGAGCACCAUCAGGCUUUUUCGGAAUGAGGGGUAAAAAACCCUGGAGUUAUCCGGAAGAAUUUAAACGCGCGCCUAUGGGUUUCGUGGGUAUGAGAGGAAAAAAAGCGACCAGUGACGACUUUGACUAUGUUUUAGACGAUUAUCCCAAGAGAGCACAAAUGGGUUUCUUCGGUAUGAGAGGCAAAAAAUACUUCGUACAACCUGGAUAUUCUUCUGAAGACAUUUUAACCAGAUUAGCACCAUCCAGAGAUAAAAAAGAUUUUGAAAAUUCCUCAGGGUAUUUUGAAGAUAAAAGGGCACCUGCCGGCUUUUUUGGAAUGCGUGGCAAAAAACGACCUUCUGGAUUCUUUGGAAUGAGGGGCAAAAAGUACCCUUAUGAGUUUAGGGGAAAAUUUGUCGGAGUCAGGGGCAAGAAAUCUUUGAAUGACGUCACACUGCCUGACAAUUAUUUGACAGAUCUGUCUGCGGGACGGUUUGGCGAGGACUUAGACUGGAACCAACUGAUGUUGUUGCUGACUGAACAGAACGAAGCUGCUGACAGUAGUCAGUAAAUGUUGUUCAAUUUUAGCUCGUAAGAAUUUAUUUUGAUUUCAAUCACUGAAUGAUGAAGCCCAUUUCUUCUAGUCAACAGACAUAGACUUAAAGACAAAUAGUAACUAAAAAUAUAACUAAUUAUAAAGAGAUACUAUAUAUUCCAUAAUAUAUAAAGGAUGUUUCAAAAUCUAAUCUUAAAAACAAGAAUUUUUCAAGUGACAAAGAGUAUUAUUUAAAAAAAAAUUAUAUGUUGUAAUUUUUAGUUUUUAUGGUAAUUUAGAAAAUAUAUUUGUUACAUGUUAAGUGUAAAACAGCAGAGAUACAAUGAAAAAUCUAAAAAAAUACUUUUUUUCACUUGAAGAAACACAAAUUAGGGUAUUUAAAUUUUUCUUAAAAAAAGGCUGGACAUAGAAAAAUUUAAUAACUAAAUUUUCUGUUGUUUUCAUUACUUAGUCCGUCCCUUAGCAUGUUCUAACCUCAAAGUUACCCCGGUUUAUUUUUAUUACUAAAAAAUAUAUAUUUUGCAGAAUUUUUUCAUGUAAAAAAAUAUUAUAUUUGUAUUUUCUACUUUGGUUAAAAUUAUUUAAAAAAAUAUCUUGUAGAUACAGAUAAGUUCUAUAUGAUAAGGCAUAUAGUAGUUACAUAUUGUGUAGGUAGAAUAAAUUUUAACUAUAUAUUUCUGUUAAACUUAAAAAAAACUAAUGUUUAAGAAUAAAAUAAAAAUUACUAGUGUUUGAAACGG